AUGCCACCAAAAAAAUAUAUAUCAACAUCAGAAACAUUAGAUGCGAAAUCAUUAAUUGCAAAACAUAAAUAUUUAAUGGUAUCAAAAUCUAUUGGUACGGGAAGUCGUUAUGUAUUUAAUAUAUUCAGGAGAUAUAAAAUUAUUGAUAAAUUAUAUAUAAUUCAAUUAGAUCAAUUUGAAGAUACUAAGAAAGCAAAAGAAUUAGAAGAUGAAUUUAAUGAAAUUAUGGGAGGAAAUUGGUUACCUCAAUUAUAUUUUAAUCAUCGUAGAUGGGGAACUGAAAAUAAAUUUUUAUUAUGGGAAGAUAUUAUAGAAUCAAUGUUGGAAGAUGCUGGAUUAUUCGAUGAUGAUGAUGAUUAUGAUGAAUAG